GCUCCAGGAGCUGGGCAGGGGAGCAGGAACAGAAAAUAAAGCACAAGAAGGGGAAGGUGACAGGGCAAGACACAGCACUGACAUCAGAGGAAGGCAGGAGACAGCAAGAAGGAAAAGAGCAAAGGACUUUGGCAGGGUUUUUCUUCUUUUCCUCCUGUUUUUAAUCCUGCUUUCCGGAGGAAAAUGGGACAGCAGUUCACCAAUGCUGAAGGGGAGCAAGGAGAGAUCGAUGUUGCAGAGCUGCAGGAGUGGUAUAAGAAAUUUGUGGUGGAAUGUCCCAGCGGGACCCUCUUCAUGCACGAGUUCAAGAGGUUCUUCGGGGUCCAGGACAACCAGGAGGCAGCAGAGUAUGUGGAGAACAUGUUCAGGGCUUUUGACAAGAACGGGGAUAACACCAUUGAUUUUCUGGAAUACGUGGCUGCCCUGAAUCUGGUUUUGCGGGGCAAGCUGGAGCACAAGCUGAGGUGGACGUUCAAGGUGUACGACAAGGAUGGCAACGGCUGCAUAGACAAACCCGAGCUGCUGGAAAUCGUGGAGUCCAUCUACAGGCUGAAGAAGGUGUGCUGGUCGGACGUGGAGGACAGGACCCCGCUGCUGACUCCCGAGGAGGUGGUGGACAGGAUAUUCCAGCUGGUGGAUGAGAAUGGGGACGGGCAGCUGUCUCUUGACGAGUUCAUUGAUGGAGCCAGGAAGGACAAGUGGGUGAUGAAGAUGUUGCAAAUGGAUGUGAACCCCGGGGGAUGGAUCACUGAGCAGAGGAGAAAGAGUGCUUUGUUCUGA